AUGGAAAACAUUGAAACAAUGGUCGGGUCUCUGGGUCAGUUCAUUAAUCGAACCGCGGCGCACGAACAUACGGCCAAAUGUACCGUGGAAGAAACCCACCGGUGCGCGCUAGAAUGGACGACCCGGGACAAAAUCCAACUCUCCAGAGGCGUGGCUGAGUUGACGCAAAAGACUGUUGUGAGGACUUUGAUGGGCGAUGACUUUUACAAUUCCAGUGACGAACUGCUUGCAAUUUUGCAUGAGCUAAGCUCCGACAUGAAAAAAUCCGGUUCCUCCAUACUACGCAAAUGGUUGCCUCACUCGGCGGAUUGGCGGGCUCAACGGGCAGUAGAACGCAUAAGAGACAUAUUUACGGAGAAACUCAUGCGCAGAGAUGCUACAGCAGUCGCCGGUGGCCCUAUCGAGAGUGACCUGCAAGACUACGUUACUUACAUGCUGAACGGAAAGAACACGGCACAAUUGAAGCAUCUUUACCACCAUCACCACGCAGCUAUCAUGUUUGCUGCCCAAAGCUCCACGGCUUCUGCCAUAACUUUGGUCAUCACUUGCCUCUUGCGCCACCCUGAUAUGAUGAACGCGGUUAAGAGAGAUGCUCGGAGCGGAGACAACCACCCAGUUCUCCUACAGGCAUGCAUUAAAGAGACGAUACGGUACUAUAAGGACAUGGCGUGCUCGCGACAAGCUCAGCGAGACACCGCUUCAAAGGAGUCAGUGGCUACCCUUUCAGCCAGCCUUCCGUAUCAUAGCCCAGCCGGUUUCCAUCACUCGGAUUCCUGGAUGCCGGGCAGAUGGCUCAAUGCAGAAAACAAGCUCGUCGACGUCGAGGAGAAGGGCACAAAAGAAGGUUUGGGAGGUGAAAGCAAGCAGUGCCCGGGAGAAAAUGUGUCGAUGAUCAUCAUAACCCAGGCGCUGACAACCUUGCUGCGAUGCUACGACAUUUCUUGGGCGUCGCCCACUCAACCUCGAAUCGUGGACUUUGAAGCACCCGAUCUCAGACAUGGCAGAGAACCAUGGCAUAAAGUAAGCAGAAAUGCCACUCCUACUUUUCUCCGUCCCUAA